GUACAGCGAGCGUAAGGAAGUAAUUAAGAUCUAUCAUUGGAAGAGAAGCGUUACGAGAAGCAUGGUUACACAUGCUCAUUUCAGUGGUUUAAGACAAUCAAAUCUAACCAGUCGAAAGAUGCAACAAACUCAGUAGAGAUUUCGGCCGUUCAGGUGCCAUCAUAUGUAUUGUGUUCAGCUUUGGUGAUUGGUUUGAAUCGUGACCUAAAAUAAAGAUGCUGUGCUUUGAUUGGUUCACUGGACGCAAGUGAUCUCACAUCUUUUAACUGAUUGGUUUGUCGCCGUAAAAUAGUUUGUUAAUUUGGCAGUUGCAUUCUCAUGCCUUGUACGUCCAUCAAACUAAUACUCGUGACUUCUGACGAAUGAACCGUACCUGUGACAACGCUGUGUCCUAGGAUAGUUCUGGCUGUUUACAUUGAACAUGCGCUUUGGAUUAUAAAAUCAAGGAUCCGUUGAUUGAAUGCCACACAGCACUAACCAUCAGGCUUCCGGCCGGCAGCCAUUUCACAUAACUUUGCGAUCUAGCGAAUUUGAUAUCUAAUCAGAUCGAGGAUUUCUCAGUUCAACACGGUCAACAAACACUUGAAACCGCUCAAUAACGUAACCCAAUGAAUAGUGUUAAUUCCGGACAACACGUUGAAACAGACGGUGAAGCCGAAGAGGAACUUCAGAGUAAUGGUAGAAUAUUGCCUGUAGCCUCGACGCCGAAUGAACAGAACCCUGCUACGAGGCCGACAAUAGUGAGUAAUAAAGAAGAGGACCACCAGGUUCCGGUUAGGGCCUCCGAUGGCGGAGCAAACACUGAAACCGUCAGUUUGUCGAGAGCCACGGAAUCCCGGGUGAAAUAUUCUUCACAAGAAAGUAGGGCUUCGGCCGAUGUAGAGGACCCUUUGACCCACUUCCCUUUGUACGACCUCCGCAAACAAAACUACCCACAACCCGAAGCGAAAAGCCUUCCUACCGCUCAACAGGAUGGUGCCUUACACCAAGUCGGUCCAGGCCACCUAAGAAAAAGAAUCCACCCGAUGUGUGAUCCACACGGACAAAAUCGUUCCAACGAUGAAGAUGAGAUAGAAGACCAGCAAUCGCUUCAAUGCCGUUCUUCAUCAUCCAAAUGGUGUUCUACGUGCAAAAAAUGGUGUCGAACGUGUCCUCGACGUCUUCGCCCACCCCAGUGGCUUACUCGGGGCUUGAUGUUUCUCUACCGACAUCUCAGUGCAAUGACCACAUAUGCACUAUUCGUGCUCGCCGUAUACUCCACUAUCCUAUCCAUCAUGCCAAACGUGGCGUUACCCCCGAUAUGUCGCCGAGUUGCUGUGCCCGAGGACAAUCAAAAGCAGACAGUAAACGGCAGCACAGCUACCAUCUCCACGACUAUCGCAGUCGAGAGCGCAGAUCUGACUGAAGGCCCAGGAUAUUCACUUGAUCCUAAUUACGUGGAAGCUCUGGAAUGCCGUCGAGGUGCAGCGUUGUCUGUGAUCAUCUACUACGCUUUUGGUUUUGUGUGUGGAGAACUGAUGGAAUUGUUGCAUCUGCCUGGACUGCUGGGCGCUGCUACGGCCGAUAAGCCUGGCCCACUCGAGGUUGGCCCAGAAUUCGGGAUGCUUGCCGGUCCGGCAUCAAGACGAGAUCUGAUUGGUCAACAAUCUGGGCCCAACAGCCAAUCAUUCCCAAGUAUUGGCCAAAUGCCGGUUGCCAAUGGCGCAUCCAGAACGCGUCAGAACUUCCAGAAGGUUAUGACCGCUUACGCUACAUAUACGAAGCGCUGAAUGCUGGUUGGCGGUCUGGCCUUACGGAAUAUUGGCGCUUUCGCACUACCGUAUCGCAUCUUUCACGAGGGCCUUUUACCAAACGGAUCCUACCCACUCAGUCAAGUUGGACACAAUUUUCCGAAACACUCCGACGACAAUGCCCUAUUUCCCGUUAGAGAUUACAAAGUCCAGUUGGCUGCCUUGCUGGUGGUAAACCCGGAGUUGUCUGGGACCUUGCGUCAGCUGGCACUCACUACCAUUCUAACUCGUGCCGGUCUGGGCAUCGAUCCGACCACUCUUCGGGCUGUAUUCGGAAGCGUCUUUCGACUUGCUUUCAUUCCCUGCAUUGCUGAGGCCUUCACGCUGAUGAUUGUCACACGGUUUCUAAUCGGCUGGCCCUGGGCUUGGGGUGCUAUUCUAG